GUUGUCAGCUGCUGGAUGGAUGGCUGGUGGUGCUGGAAAGUCACGUUAGUUUUAAAACCAUAUUUUAACGAUAUUUGUCUUCUCUCAAGGUUUCUGAAACUUGUCAAGAAAACAGAGGUAACAUGGCUUCAGCCAACCCUCCUGGUACAAGGUCAUCGACCUCUACACCAGACAAAACCACUGGCAAGAUGCCCUUUGACCUCAAGCGUAAGGUCAAGUCGGAGUACAUGAGAUUGCGUCAGCUGAAGAGAUUCCGAAGAGCAGAUACUGUCAGGACGAUAUGGGCUAAGAAUCGUGUCCUGAUUGCGGAAAGCACACAACGUAAUAACAGCUCAUGGUGCGAGGGUCCAUUCCAGUCUAUUCAUACCGUCGCUUCAUUUGAUCAACUCCCUGUCAUCAGAAAGUGUUCCAUUGAGGUUGGGAAUGGCGGACCACCCCAGUCCGGUCCCCUGUAUACAUUGAAUUCAAUUACAUCUGUUCCUUGGGUCUACACUUGGGAACCACUCCAGCAAAAUUUUAUGGUGGAUGAUGAGACGGUGCUGCACAAUAUUCCAUACAUGGGAGAUGAGGUCCUGGAACAGGAUGGAUCAUUCAUUGAAGAGCUCAUCAAGAAUUAUGACGGAAAGGUCCACGGGGAAAAAGAAUGUGGCUUCAUUGAUGACGAUGCGUUUAUCAGUCUGGUCAAAAGUGUCGCAGUGGCUGAACAAGUUGAACUCGGAGUCCUUGAAAAAGUUGAUGAUCAACUUGAAGGGUUCCCGAGUGACAGUGUCUUUGCAGCUAUCGCAAGUCAGUUUCCUGACAAAGGAAAAACGGAAGACCUUAGGAAAAGAUAUCGCAAUCUACAGAUGAAGGAUAUUCCAAGCACCGUUGUUCUAGAGUGUACUCCAAAUAUUGAUGGCCCGGCUGCCAAGUCUGUCCCCAGGGAGCAAACAAUGCACUCUUUCCACACACUUUUCUGUCGUCGAUGCUACAAGUACGAUUGCUUCUUGCACCCUUACCACCCGACACCCAGCCAGACAAAGCCUAAAAGUACCGAGAUGAGACAAGAAACGGAACCAUGUGGUCCAGACUGUUUCAUGAUUCAGCCGAAGGAAUCUGCACUCAACUCCCCGGGAUCAGCUGAGAAGAACCGAAGUGGCACCAAGCGACAUUUGACGAGAUCGGAGGAAGGAGUACCCAUUAAGAUAAACCCAAGUGAAAUGACGCCCGAAAAAAUACAUCCAGGAUCUAAAGAUGCCUCUCCUGAGAGUGAAGUCAAUGUGAUUGUUACCCGCCCCGGUGUAGAUUGGAGCGGUUCGGAUGCCUCUCUCUUUAGAGUACUACGAGGUGUCUUCUUUAAUAACUAUUGUACCAUUGCGUCGCUGCUGAAAACCAAGACAUGUAGACAGAUUUUUGAGUUUGCCGUCAAAGAAGGAGAGUUAGCUGAGUUGCCACCUGAGAGAAAUCCAACACCACCCAGAAAGAAGAAACGUAAACAGAGAAUGUGGUCCAUGCACUGUAGAAAAAUCCAGCUGAAGAAAGAUUCUACAGCCAGUCACGUGUAUAACUACCAACCAUGUGACCAUCCCGGCAAGCCAUGUGACGCUGAGUGCAGUUGUAUUAUGCUUCAAAACUUCUGCGAGAAAUAUUGCCAGUGCACCUCAGACUGUCAGAAUCGUUUUCCAGGAUGUCGUUGUAAGGCACAGUGUAACACCAAACAGUGUCCAUGUUACUUGGCAGUGAGAGAAUGCGAUCCCGAUCUGUGUGGUACAUGCGGAGCAAGUAAUUUCCCAGAACAUGCUGAUAGUGAUAACAUUUCCUGUAAGAAUGUGAGUCUUCAACGAGGCUGGAAGAAGCAUCUCCUGCUUGCACCUUCUGAUGUGGCUGGGUGGGGAAUCUUCAUCAAACAGUCUGCUCAGAAAAAUGAGUUCAUUUCUGAGUACUGUGGAGAAAUAAUCUCACAAGAUGAAGCUGACAGACGUGGUAAAGUCUAUGAUAAAUACAUGUGUAGCUUUCUCUUCAAUCUCAAUAACGACUUUGUUGUGGAUGCAACUCGUAAAGGGAAUAAGAUCCGGUUUGCCAACCAUUCCAACAGUCCUAAUUGUUACGCAAAAGUAAUGAUGGUGAAUGGUGAUCAUCGAAUUGGUAUUUUUGCCAAGCGGCCGAUCCAAACGGGCGAAGAACUCUUCUUUGAUUACAGGUACUCUGCAACUGAUGCCCUGAAGUAUGUUGGAAUCGAGAGAGAGAUGGAUGUACCAAUUUAAAUAUCAGAGGUCAAAGGUCGAGGUGAUAACUGCUUUGUAAAUAGGUGGUUGCUCCCGUAGAAGUAGAGUAAUGUUCUAGAACUACCAGAGAAAGUGUGAUUAGAAGAGUUUAUAGAAGAGGUUUAAUAGGUCAUGCAGGGUCAGUACUGUAUUUGUCAUUAAAGACACUGGACACCUUUGGUAAUUGUCUAAGACCAGUCUUCUCACUUGGUGUAUCUCAACAUAU